AUGGAAAUGGGUCGAGCAAAUCCAAGCAAAAGAGAGAACCUAAGAGAUGAGGAGGAAUACGUAGGGAAACAGAUAGCACAGCGUCGUGUGGGUGUCACGGAAGCGAGGCCCAUUCGAUUGGGUCGAAUCUGGAUGCCUCGCAUCGGAACGAGUGCUUGGGAAGACGAAGUUGUUGGAGAGAGGAUGGUUCGAAAGUUGUAA